AUGGCCGCCCCCACGUUCUCUGACGGCAUCGGUAUCGCCAACCUCCCCAACCAGAGGCACAAGAUUGUCGCGAAGCGCGGCACGCACUUCACCGUCAUGGUCGUCGGCGAGUCCGGGCUCGGAAAGACGACGCUGAUCAACACCCUCUUCUCGACCGAGCUCUCGUCCCCGAAGAGCUACACGAAGCGGCACACGAAGCAGCUCGACAAGCUGACCGAGGUCGAGAUCAUCAAGGCGGAGCUCGAGGAGAAGAUGUUCAAGACGAAGCUCACCGUGAUCGACACCCCCGGCUUCGGGGACUACGUCAACAACCGGGACUCGUGGGCGCCGAUCGUGGACUUCAUCGACGACCAGCACGAGGCGUACAUGCGCCAGGAGCAGCAGCCGGAGCGCAAGGAGAAGACGGACCUGCGCGUGCACGCGUGCUUGUACUUCAUCCGCCCCACUGGCCACACGCUGAAGCCGCUCGACAUCGAGAUCAUGAAGCGUCUCGGGACGCGCGUGAACCUGAUCCCCGUCGUCGCCAAGGCGGACACGCUCACCCAGAACGACCUGUACACGUUCAAGCAGCGCAUUCGUCAGGUCAUCCAGGCCCAGGGCAUCCGCAUCUACCAGCCGCCGAUCGAGUCGGACGACGAGGUCAGCGCGGAGCACGCGCGGGUCCUCGCGGAGGCGAUGCCGUUCUCGAUCAUCGGCUCGACGGAGGACGUGCAGACCCAGGACGGGCGGACGGUCAAGGGUCGCGAGUACCUGUGGGGGGUGGCGGAGGUGGAGAACGAGAACCACUGCGACUUCCGGAAGCUGCGGUCGCUGCUGAUCCGGACGUACAUGCUCGACCUGAUCUCGACGACGGAGGAGAUGCACUACGAGGCGUACCGGGGGGCGCAGAUGGAGACGCGGAAGUGGGGGGAGCAGAAGCCGCGCAAGUUCGAGAACCCGAAGUUCAAGGAGGAGGAGGAGGCGCUCCGGAAGCGGUUCACGGAGCAGGUCAAGGCGGAGGAGGCGCGGUUCCGGCAGUGGGAGCAGCACCUGAUCGCGGAGCGGGACCGGCUGAACAAGGACCUCGAGAUGGCGCAUUCGGCCAUCAAGGCGCUCGAGGCCGAGCUCGACAACCUCCAGGUCGGCUACCGCGGCUCGAACAGGCGGUGA